UAAAUGCCCGGAUGUUGUUUACAAACAAGUCAGCUGUGGGAAAAUGUGACGGAAAGUGGAGUUACGCAAGGGCCAAAAAAUUGAAUAGUAUUAGAGCUUGGUCAGAAAGAAAGAAAGAGAAACACGAACGCAUUUCAUGCUCUGCUAAAGCUUGAAAAUGAUGCUAAAGAGAGUGCUGGUGGUGGGGUCAGGGGCUGCAGGAACAGCAGCUGCCUACAGUCUGUCUCGCUGCGCCGACAAGUUUGAUGUCCAGGUCUGGGAGAAAGCCCCCGUCCCUGGGGGAGUAGCUACCACCUCAGAAAUCAAAGGGGGAUUGGUCAUCAAUGACGGUGUACAAGGAGGAUGCCCCACUUACAGAAAUGUUUUAAACAUAAUGAAGGAGUUUAACCUUGAAACAAAUCCUGUGCAUUUGACCGUUUCUUUUGGUAAAGGGAAAACUGCUUGGACCAAUUAUGCUCCUUCAGAGCUGACUGAAAAACUGCAAAAUGACAUAGCCCGGUUUGAAAAGCUCCUUAAAUUCAUCAACAAGUUUGAAGCAAUUUUCAUAUUUUUGCCCAUUGGAAAAGUUCUGAAGUGGUACGGCUUCUCUGAUGACUUUUGCAACUACAUGGUCUUCCCUCUCACUGCGCUGUUCUUUGGAACAGGAAACCAGGUUCCAUACGUUUCCUCUGCCAUCAUGGCUCGUGUUUUCCUUGAUGAUGAUCUGAGAUUGUUUGACUACGAUUCAAAACGACUUUUGAGUCAAACUCCUGAAAUGUUUGCUUUUCCCAAACUUGUUAACAUGUACAAAACCAUAAUGGACAACUGUGGCGUAAAGUUUCAUGGCAACAGAAGUGUAUCUGAAGUGAGGAGAAGCAGUGGAAAAGUCACUGUGAAAGACCAAAGUGGAAAAGCGGAGGAGUUUGAUGAGAUUAUUUUUGCCUGUGAUGCUGAAACUGCUUUAAAGGUCUUGGUUAACCCAACUUUUAUGGAGAGGAAAGCAUUAGGAAAUGUCAGAUAUUUUAAUGAUCUCAUCAUUACUCAUGAGGAUGAGGAUUACAUGAACAAAUACUAUGAACUGCACAAGGAUGUCGACCAGUAUUUCAUCCACACUGAUGACAAGGAUCCCGAAAAGAUAGAAAUGUCAUUCAACCUUGCAAACUACCAGCCUCACUUGAGAGGAAAAAAUCGAAACAUUUACCAAACAAUUUAUCUCAAUGACAAACUUCGUUCAAUUUGGACAGAGAAGGACCUUGACCCAGAUAAAAUCCUCCUGAGACGAUGGUGGCGCCAGUUUGCACACAGUUGGCACCACUACGCUUUUGUGGUGCCACUUGUAAGAUAUAUACAAGGCAAACAGAAUACUUGGUAUUGUGGAGCCUACACCCUCAUCAACACUCAUGAAAUUGCUACCAUCUCUGGGUUGGCUGCUGCUCAUCGCUUGGGGGCUCCUUAUCCAUUCCCUCAUGACAAGUUGGCAGCUAAACAGUUUGAUCAGUACCUGCUGGUCCUCCACGGACAUCCCAGGACCUUUGGACUGAACAAAACCACCCUCCUGAGCUAUGUUAUGGCUCCAUUUAUGAUGGUGUUUGCAGGCCUCUCUCUGAUUUUCAACUUUUUCUAUUCAAUUUUCUUUGCGUGAAGCUUGAAAUUUUCAUCAGGUAGUUUUCUGCUUAAAUUGAAUUGAAAUGCUCGUUU